AUGGAGCUUCACAACACUUUGUCUAGCUUUACCAUAAUGGCAUCCUUUCUCUUCCUCUUGCUACUAUUCAAAAUAGUCCAAAGAUGGAAUAAUUCAAAAAAUUCUUACCCUAAUUUACCUCCAGGACCAUGA